GCUUUUACUUGAAACAGUCACAGUCAUCAAAGCGAAAUUAAACUAGGGAAAGCAUGAAAUGCUUUUCAGUGGUCUCAGUUUGUAAACUCGCGACCAAAUCUUCUUCAACAUUUCCACUAUUCUUGUUCCCAAACAACCCCGCAACAUCGGCUGCUACCGCCACUGCUCGCUUUCCAAGUCGCGCUCCUCGUUCCCUCCGGUUCCCUAUUUACAGUGACACCUCGAGAUCGUCGCUCGGAAACGUUUCGCUCUCUAGUCGUGACAGAAACUUCUCCACCAUGGCUGGCGCUGAAGAGUUGGUUAAGGGAAAUGUUUAUCCGAACGGCGUUGCGGUCAUCACUCUUGAUCGUCCCAAAGCCCUCAACGCCAUGAAUUUAGAUAUGGAUAUCAAGUACAAGCAAAUUCUUGAAGAAUGGGAAUCGGAUCCGAAGGUCAAAUGUGUUCUGAUUGAGGGCAGCUCACCGCGUGCCUUUUGUGCAGGAAUGGAUAUUAAAGGUGUUGUUGGUGAAAUCCAAAAGGACAGAAACACACCUCUUGUGCCAAAGGUCUUCACUGCAGAGUAUUCUCUAAUAUGCAAAAUUUCAGAGUACAAGAAGCCUUAUAUAUCAUUCAUGGAUGGCAUAACAAUGGGCUUUGGAAUUGGCCUAUCUGGCCAUGGUCGCUACAGAGUGGUAACUGAGAGGACUGUUCUUGCUAUGCCGGAAAAUGGAAUUGGCCUGUUUCCGGAUGUUGGAUUUUCAUAUAUAGCAGCACAAACUCCAGGAGAGGGUUCUGUUGGUGCUUAUCUUGGAAUGACUGGGAAAAGGAUAUCAACACCUUCAGAUGCGCUAUUUGUGGGUCUUGGAACACACUAUGUGCCAUCUGGGAAUAUAGGUUCACUGAAGGAGGCCCUUCUAGCCAGUACCUUUUCGGAGGAUCCACACAAGGUUGUUACACCGCUGUUGGCAAAAUACAGCAGUAACCCUGAGUCUGAAGCUCAGUUGAAGUUGCUUUUGCCUCAGAUAACAUCAUGCUUCCGUUCAGAUAAGUCAGUAAAGGAGAUAAUUGCAGAGCUUAAAAAACAUCAGCAGAGUACAGAAGCUUCAGUGGUAGAGUGGGCAAAUGAGGCUUUGCAGGGUCUUGGAAAGGCUGCACCCUUUUCUCUCUGCUUGACGCAAAAGUAUUUUUCUAGAGUUGCAUCUGGAUAUGGUAAACAUGGCAAUGAAUUCACAACGCUAAAAGGUGUUAUGAAAACUGAAUAUCGCAUUGCCUUACGAUCAUCUCUGCGAAAUGAUUUUGCUGAAGGUGUCCGGGCAGUCUUGGUUGACAAGGAUCAGAAUCCAAAGUGGAAUCCUCCAAGCUUGGAUGAAGUUAAUGAAAAGGAAGUGGAAGCAGUUUUUGAGCCAUUAAAUCCAGGAAUUGAGGAGUUGAAAGUGUAAGGUUCACACUUCACAUAUCAAGUCGUCUCUCCUUGUUUGGUUUGGAAGAUGAAUGGAUUCUAAUAAUGGAAAUACAAAAGUUGGAGCCGAAAAACGUGCGUCAGUUUUUGGCAUGAACUCAUGUUGCUUAUUGAUACUGUUAUAUACUUGAUCACACUUGUGGCUUUAAUAAUAUUGUGAUCCUAAAGCACAUUGAUGUCAAAUCCAUAUUUUUUUUAUCUUCAAUCAAUUUAAGACAGUAUGAAUA